ACGAGAUGCAUUAAAAUGGGUCGUGCUAUAAGUCUGAUGCAGAGCACCGUUCGAUGCUUUUUCAACAUUCCGGUUUUCCUGCUCUGCAUGCUUAUUGCCUGGUCUUACUACGUCGUGGUCUUCAUUAUCUGGCUGUUUGUGGUUCCAUAUCACUCCAGCACUCGUUUUCUCACUCCUUUUCGAACGAGCACGGUUCCAUUCUGUGAUAUUUGUUUCCUUAUCAAACCCGAUCGUACACAUCACUGCUCGAAUUGCGAAAAAUGCGUGCCUAAAAUGGAUCAUCAUUGUCCUUGGAUUAACAACUGUGUCGGACAUCAUAAUCACAAAUAUUUUCUCCUAUUCCUAUUCCAUGCGAUAUUCUACUGCUUGUGCUCGUUCGUGAGCACCCUGGGUUUCUUCAUCGACUUCGUUCAUGUGAAAUCAAACCGACUUCGAUCUGAACGGGAUGCAUGUGUUUUUCCUUUUUGUGAUCUCUUUGGUAUUCGCGAUCGCCUUGCUCCUGUUGCUGUUGUUUCAGCUCAGUUUAUUGCUCAAGAACAGUUCGACCCUGGGUAUGUUUUGCACGUCCAUUAUGAAUUUGCUAAUCCUCUUCCUGUUAUGCUCCCCAAAGAACAUUUUCGCAGUCCGAAUUUUCGCAAUCCGGCAUUGCACGGAACAUUUAAUUUGGGCUGUAAAGCCAAUUUUAUCCAAGUGUUUGGACGUCGAUCAUCUCUUUGGUGCUACCAAACGUGUUGCAUUCCGUACGAAAACAAGUUUUCUCAAUUUUCAUACACCUUGUUACUUUCGGUUUAG